GAUUACAGAGGCACACAGCACAACAGCAUCUGUGCUCAUAUGAACUUUCGUUUGGCGUUUUCUUUCUUUGGACUUCUUUUGACUUGUUUACUGUACUGGGCUCUACUCAUUCUGCAGCAUUCAUCUCUGCUUUCGUCUUCGUUUUUCUCCCUGAAACUCUCGUUUUUGCAAUGCUUUCUACUCUGCUUCUAGAUCCAGAAAAUGUUCGAAAUUGUAGGGAAAUCUAGCAUUUGAAGGAGACCCGUUAGUCGUCUUCUUCAAUUGGAAGUAGAGAGUCACGGGUCAAGUAAAACCCUAGAUCUGCGAUGCUUCAUCUCCGCCAACGGCGGGAUUCUACUCCCGCCACCACCAGGUGGCAGAACAAGUUUGACGAAAAUUUGGAGCAAUGGCCCCACCUCAAUGAAUUGGUUCACUGCUAUACAACAGACUGGGUUAAGGAUGAGAACAAGUACGGGCACUAUGAGAGCGUAGGGCCGUUGUCGUUUCAGAACCAGAUAUAUGAAGGCCCUGAUACUGAUAUUGAGACCGAACUGUGUCUUGCUGGUGCAAGACGAACCAAGGCCGAAGAAAUUACUGAAGAUGACAUUCCUAGUACGUCAGGAAGGCAGUUUAUGGAAGCUGCAGAUGACACGCAGCAUUCAGGUGUUUCCAAGCACUUUGGUCAAUCUCCCCUUCCUGCUUAUGAGCCAGCAUUUGAUUGGGAAAAUGAGAGGUCUUUGAUACUUGGACAACGGAUACCAGAAACUCCUAUAUCACAUGGAAUGAAGAUUUCUGUAAAAGUUCAGUCCUUACAAUUUCAAGUGGGGUUAGUUGAGCCCUUUUAUGGUACAAUUAGCUUAUACAAUAGGGAGAGAAGAGAAAAAUUAUCGGAAGACUUUUACUUUCCUGUCCUACCAACAGAAAUGCAGGAUACCAAAAGUUCAUAUGGACGUCGUGGAGUUUUCUAUUUAGAUGCUCCAUCGGCAUCGGUUUGUUUGCUAAUCCAGUUGGAGAAACAUGCUACAGAAGAAGGCGGGGUCACUCCAUCAGUUUAUUCACGAAAAGAAUCAGGUCACUUGACUGAGAGAGAAAAGCAAAAAUUGCAGGUGUGGUCUCAAAUCAUGCCUUACAAAGAGUCCUUCGCAUGGGCCAUGGUACCGUUAUUUGAUAACAAUGCUGGUGCAGCUUCAGUAGGGCCUGCUUCCCCAAGCAGCCCUCUUGCUCCAAGUGUUUCUGGUUCAAGUUCCCAUGAAGGUGUUUUUGAGACUGGCGCAAAGGUCUCUUUAGAUGGAAAGCUGGGUUAUCCAAGUGGAAAUUCUGUUGUAGCCGAGAUUUCAAUCUUGAAUAAAGUUAAGGAAAGCUACACUGAGGAAUCACUUCUGGAUCCCAAACGCAAAGUGCACAAACCUGUUAAAGGUGUUUUGAGACUGGAAAUAGAGAAGCACCAGAUUUGCCAAGCUGACAUAGAAAACGUGUCAGACAGUGGUACCAAUGACUCUGUGGACCCAGAUCAUAUUGCAGAAUCUUCAUCAGGAAAACACCAUAGUGAUGGUAUUGAUGAUCCUCAGGGUAGCAUCUCCAAGUGGAAUUUCCGUGAUGGGAAAGAGGCUUCUGGAAAUGGAACAAAUACACAUGGGAAUCCAGAUUUUAAUUCUGAUGAUUUCCAUGCUUUUGACUUUCGCACUACAACAAGAAACGAGCCUUUUUUGCAACUGUUUCACUGCCUAUAUGUGUAUCCGAUGACUGUAAGUUUGGGUAGGAAGAGAAAUUUGUUCAUACGGGUUGAACUUAGAGAGGAUGAUGGUGAUCUUCGGAAACAGCCAUUGGAGGCAAUGUAUCCUAGGGAUCCUGGUGCUCCACUGCAGAAGUGGGCUCACACCCAAGUUGCUGUGGGGGCUAGAGUGGCUUGUUACCAUGAUGAAAUCAAACUUUCCCUCCCUGCUAUGUGGACACCAACACACCACCUUUUAUUUACUUUCUUUCAUGUUGAUCUGCAAACAAAAUUAGAAGCUCCAAAACCAGCGGUGAUUGGAUAUGCAGCACUUCCAUUAUCUUCACAUGCUCAGCUGCGAUCUGAAAUAUCUCUAUCAAUUAUGAGAGAGUUGAUUCCUCAUUAUCUCCAGGAUACAGGCAGGGAGAGACUUGAUUAUUUGGAAGAUGGGAAAAAUGUCUUCAAAUUACGUUUAAGGCUUUGUUCAUCUUUAUACCCUAUCAAUGAACGUAUUAGGGAUUUCUUUCUUGAAUAUGAUAGACACACGCUUCGAACAAGUCCACCUUGGGGUUCUGAACUUUUGGAGGCCAUUAAUAGCUUGAAGAAUGUUGAUUCCACUGCUUUACUUCAGUUUCUUCACCCAAUUCUGAAUAUGCUGCUUCAUCUCAUUGGCAAUGGUGGAGAAACACUCCAGGUUGCAGCUUUCAGGGCCAUGGUUAAUAUUGUAACCAGGGUGCAGCAGGAGUCAGUUGAUGAUGCUGACAGAAAUCAUUUUUUAGUCAAUUAUGUCGAUUGUGCAUUUGAUGACUUUGGUGGUCGUCAACCGCCAGUAUAUCCUGGAUUAUCUACUGUUUGGGGAAGCUUGGCUCGAAGUAAGGCUAAAGGGUACCGUGUUGGACCUGUAUAUGAUGAUGUUUUAGCCAUGGCAUGGUUCUUCCUUGAACUUAUUGUUAAAUCAAUGGCAUUGGAGAAGACUCGUCUUUUUUAUCACGGUCUUCCGAUAGGUGAAGAUAUCCCACCUAUGCAGUUGAAAGAAGGUGUAUUCAGAUGUAUAAUGCAGUUGUAUGAUUGUCUACUGACCGAGGUGCAUGAACGUUGUAAGAAGGGGCUAAGCUUGGCAAAGCGCUUGAACAGUAGUUUGGCAUUCUUUUGUUAUGAUUUAUUGUCCAUUAUUGAGCCUCGCCAAGUUUUCGAGUUGGUAUCAUUAUAUCUUGAUAAAUUCUCUGGAGUAUGCCAAUCUGUUCUUCAUGAGUGCAAGCUUACAUUUCUACAAAUUAUAUGUGACCAUGAUCUUUUUGUGGAAAUGCCUGGGAGAGACCCUUCAGAUAGGAAUUACCUUUCUUCUGUCUUAAUACAAGAACUGUUUCUUACUUGGGAUCAUGAAGAUUUAUCUCUACGGGGAAAGGCAGCAAGAAACCUGGUAGUGCUCUUGUGCAAGCAUGAAUUUGAUGUCAGAUACCAAAAGCCUGAAGAUAAACUGUAUAUUGCUCAGCUAUACUUCCCUCUUAUUGGACAGAUAUUAGAUGAAAUGCCAGUCUUCUACAACCUGAGCUCAGUUGAAAAACGUGAGGUUUUGAUUGUAAUUUUGCAAAUUGUUCGCAACCUUGACGAUGCAUCCCUUGUCAAAGCAUGGCAACAAAGCAUUGCUAGAACUAGAUUGUUCUUCAAGCUCAUGGAGGAAUGCUUGCUUCUUUUUGAGCACAAAAAGCCUGCUGAUGGCAUGCUACUAGGCUCCAGUUCUCGCAACCCUGUGGGGGAAGCACCUGCUUCUCCUAAGUACUCUGAUAGACUUUCUCCCGCAAUUAACAACUAUUUGUCUGAGGCUUCAAGACAGGAAGUAAGACCUCAAGGAACUCCUGAUAAUGGAUAUUUGUGGCAGAGAGUGAAUUCCCAGUUAAGUUCCCCUAGCCAGCCAUAUUCCUUGAGAGAAGCUCUAGCUCAGGCACAAUCUUCUAGGAUUGGAGCUUCUGCUCAAGCACUUAGAGAAUCUUUGCACCCACUUUUGAGGCAGAAACUGGAACUUUGGGAGGAAAAUUUGAGUGCUUCUGUGAGUCUUCAGGUUCUUGAAGCAACUGAGAAGUUUUCCAAAAUGGCGGUAUCCCAUAGCAUUGCUACUGACUAUGGCAAACUUGAUUGCAUCACUGCCAUAUUCAUGAGCUUUUUAUCUCGAAAUCAAUCACUGGCUUUCUGGAAAGCUUUUUUUCCUGUUUUCAACAGUAUUUUUGAUUUACAUGGGGCAACUCUGAUGGCAAGGGAAAAUGAUCGUUUUCUGAAGCAAGUUACUUUCCAUCUACUUAGGCUUGCAGUCUUUAGAAAUGAAAACAUAAGGAAAAGGGCAGUUGUUGGACUUCAGAUACUUGUGAGGAGUUCAUUUCAUUACUUUACGCAGACAGCAAGAUUGAGGGUCAUGUUGAUUAUCACAUUAUCAGAGCUAAUGUCUGAUGUGCAAGUAACUCAGAUGAGAUCUGAUGGAAGCCUAGAAGAGAGUGGUGAAGCACGGCGGCUAAGAAAAUCUCUAGAUGAAAUGGCAGAUGAAACUAAAAGUGUUUGCCUGUUGAUGGAGUGUGGACUAUCUGAGAGUGCUCUUGUAGCUAUACCAGAAAGAUUGGCAGAGAGCAAGUGGUCAUGGUCACAAGUGAAAUAUCUCUCUGAUUGUCUUGUUUUGGCUCUUGAUGCUAGCUUGGAGCAUGCCUUAUUGACCCCUGUGAUGACUAUGGAUAGAUAUGCUUCUUCAGAAAGCUUCUAUAAGCUUGCUAUGGCCUUUGCCCCUGUGCCUGAUCUUCACAUAAUGUGGUUACUGCAUCUAUGUGAUGCACAUCAGGAAAUGCAGUCUUGGGCUGAAGCUGCUCAAUGUGCUGUAGCUGUUGCAGGUGUUGUAAUGCAGGCUCUUGUUGCAAGAAAUGAUGGUGUUUGGAGCAAAGACCAUGUAGCUGCUUUACGGAAAAUAUGUCCCAUGGUUAGCAGUGAGAUCAGCUCUGAGGCGUCUGCUGCUGAGGUAGAGGGUUAUGGUGCUUCAAAACUGACGGUUGACUCUGCAGUAAAAUACCUUCAGCUUGCUAAUAAGCUCUUCUCGCAAGCUGAGCUUUUUCAUUUUUGUGCAAGCAUUCUGGAACUUGUAAUCCCAGUUUACAAAAGCAGGAGAGCUUAUGGACAGCUUGCUAAAUGUCAUACAAUGCUUACCAAUAUCUAUGACUCUAUACUUGAACAGGAAUCUAGUCCAAUUCCUUUCACUGAUGCAACAUACUAUAGGGUUGGAUUCUAUGGAGAUAGGUUUGGAAAACUGGACAAAAAGGAGUAUGUGUAUCGUGAGCCACGGGAUGUGCGUCUUGGUGACAUAAUGGAAAAACUUAGUCACAUAUAUGAGUCUAGGAUGGAUGGUAAUCACACUUUGCGCAUUAUUCAAGAUUCUAGACAAGUCAAGGCAGAAGAAUUACAGCCUGGAGUCUGCUACCUGCAGAUUACUGCAGUUGAUCCGGUAAUGGAAGAUGAGGAUUUGGGAAGCAGAAGGGAGAGAAUCUUCUCUCUUUCUACUGGGAGUGUCCGGGCACGAGUAUUUGACCGCUUCUUGUUUGAUACCCCAUUUACAAAAAAUGGCAAGACUCAAGGUGGAUUAGAAGAUCAGUGGAAGAGACGCACUGUUCUUCAGACUGAGGGAUCUUUUCCUGCUUUAGUAAAUAGGUUGUUGGUAAUCAAAUCUGAAUCUCUAGAGUUUUCCCCAGUAGAGAAUGCAAUUGGAAUGAUUGAAACAAGGACAGCAGCAUUAAGAAAUGAACUCGAAGAACCUCGGAGUUCUGAAGGGGAUCAACUCCCACGACUUCAAAGUCUACAGAGAAUCCUUCAAGGCAGUGUUGCAGUACAAGUGAAUAGUGGAGUCUUGAGUGUCUGCACAGCCUUCUUGUCCGGUGAGCCAGCAACAAGGUUGCGAUCGCAGGAACUGCAGCAACUCAUCGCUGCCCUGCUUGAGUUCAUGGCUGUGUGCAAGCGAGCGAUUCGGGUACACUUCAGAUUGAUUGGGGAGGAAGAUCACGAUUUCCACACGCAGCUUGUGAAUGGAUUCCAGUCUCUGACUGCAGAAUUAUCACAUUACAUUCCUGCCAUUCUCUCGGAGCUUUGACAACCUCAACUGCUGUAUUAUUGUUUUCUUCUUCUAUCCCAUAAUCUUGAUUUUAUAACGUGUUCAUAUAAAUCUCGUUGUUCCUUUUUUGUUUUCUUUGGCCUUCCAUCCUUGUUGCAAAGAUGUGUAAUCCCCCGCAUCAGGCAAUUCUGAAAAAAGCCAAUCUCAUUUGUGUAUGAUGUCUUGGUUUUCCUACACUUGGUUUGGGUUGCGGGUUAGUUGUCAUACAACUCUGUAUAAAAUGUUAUUUUCAGGUGAAUUUAGCCAUCUAUUUUCUGUCUUGUAUAGGUUUACGAAUCUUGAAUCUGUAUCAGCUAGAAUAUCAUGAAUGAAUAUAUAGGUAUUAAAACUGA